ACAUGUAGUGACUAUUUCUGUGCCAUGUUUGAGAAGACUGCUUGUAAAAGCCCUGUUAUAGUGUUAAAAGAUAUUAAAUGUGAGGACCUUGAGGCCUUGCUAGACUAUAUGUACCUUGGUGAAGUGAAUGUAAGGCAAAGUGACUUAGCGUCUUUGAUAAAGGCUGCCGAAAAUUUACGCAUCAAGGGUCUCGCAGUACCUGAUGAUGAACCCCCCAAAAGAGUUACAGCCCCACCCACCAGAACUGACUCCAGUAGGAGAGAAGGGGGUAGUGGUAGUCCUCCCUCCAAGAGGAAAAGAAGAGAUGAAGGCGAAGACGGCAGGGAAGACGUGAGACCGCAGGUCGGCGGCUUACAUACUCCCCCUCCUCCCUCAAGACCAAAGAGCCCCAACACUCAGCGACAGAGCCCCUCCUCCCACAGAACGCCUCAGGAGCAACACAUAGCAGAAGAUCAUGAUAGCCGUCCCCUCUCGUCACCUGCGGAGUCUCCUGCAGCCACCCACACAUCUGGUCAUCAGCCUUCACAUCAACCCUCACAAUCACAACAGUUACCACACCAGUCAUCUCAUCAAGUCUCUCUUCAGCCCUCUCAACAAUUAGGUGAACAACCAACUCAACAACCAGUCAGUAAUCAAUAUAGAGGCGACGAAUCACAAACGUUCGUCAAGGUUGAAAUGGAGGAAACGGACGACACUGGGGACAUGAACCAAGACUCCUAUAACAUGAGUGGUGAUGGCUACAAAGAAGAAGAUAGUGGAGGGGACCUAGGAGGGGAUCUCAGCAAUGACCUGCCAGAGUUCCUACAACAAGCGGCGUCGGGGGCUCUGGCCGGUACCUCUGCCUCAUACCCUCACACUUUUGCCGGACCCUCUGGCUUCCAACCGGAGGUGUCGGGUUGGCAAGGUGAUGGACAAUCCUUGCCUGGAAGCUUCGGAGGACUGGGAUUCCCACCCCACUCCUCUCAGGACAAUCAACCAGGGGAGGAGGGCGGCGCGUGCGGCAGCAGCGUGUGCGGCGUGUGCGGCAAGAUGUUCCAGGGCACCAACCAGCGCUUCCUCCUGCGGCGCCACCUGCUGACGCACACGGGCGAGCGGCGCCACGCCUGCCCCUACUGCUCGUACCAGGCCAACCAGGCGGGCAACCUCAACAGACACAUCCGUAACCUGCACCCAACGCACGCGCAGGCCCACGACCUGCAGCAGGCGCCGCGGCCGAUCCUCUCCGUAAUGCAGACGUCGCCGCGGGGCUCGCACCCGACCCUGCUCGGCACAGUGGCGGCCACACCGCCGCUCUCCAGCGCCUCCAGGCCGCUCCUGACGCUGCCCUUGGCGGCCAGGCAGCCCGGACGGGGCGCCGCCGCCAAGCCUCGCUCGCCGUCCCCGAGCCUGACGUCCUCGAGGUCCUCCUUGGCGGCGCCCCAGCACCCGCUCCACCGCUCCGCCCUUUUCCUCCAGGCGUCCGUCACGUCCACCGCCGUGUCCAGCAGCUCUGCCAAGGCGGCCGCCCCCAGCACUACGGCCACGGGCGCCCCUGACUGAGCAGCCCGCCCGAUGCCAACCUCGGCCGCAGGGCUUCAGCUCUCGAGGCCGUUCCCCCGGCGGGCGUCGCGUGCCCGAGGCCGCUCCUUCCGAGUCGCGGGACCGGCAGCCAACCUUUCCUCACUCAGCGUCAGCGGCAGCGGCUUGUCUCCUCGCCGUCUCGGUCCGGAGGCAACUUAUUUCCUAAGUCAUGCGAUGCUUCCAAGUCAUUUUCUACAGAGGCCAGUACUUCGAGGCUGUGGGAGGAGAGGCGUGGCAGACGGCAGCCAGCCCUCUCCUGGUCGGACUUCGACCCGUGAAGAAGUGUCAGUAUUAUACCUGAGAAACGUGAU